AUGCGGUUAAGACGGAUUCCUUUCCCCGUGGGCUUUUCUGGGGUUCCCCGGCCUCACCUGGUCACUCGUUCACUUGCAGCCUCAUACAGUCAACGGGGUUUCAAGACAUCUACAACCGCUCCUUUGGAAGUUCCCAACUUUGCAUUUGCUUUUGAUAUAGAUGGUGUCCUACUUCGAGCCUCCAGACCCCUCCCUGGCGCUUCACAGUCUCUAUCUCUUCUACAAAAACAACGAAUACCUUUCAUAUUGCUCACAAACGGAGGUGGCAUGUCAGAACAGGAAAGAAUCGCUCAGUUGAGUGAUGGACUAGAGAUACCGCUGGACCCAGAAUUGAUCAUUCAAAGUCACACACCAUACACACAGCUCGUGAGAGGAAAACAUGAUCAGGAACCGCUGGAAAAUAAGACUGUUUUAGUGGUCGGUGGAGACGGUGAUAAGUGCCGGGAUGUUGCCAAACAGUAUGGGUUCAAGUCCAUGCUAACCCCUGGUGACAUAUUUAUGGCCCAUCCAUCCAUUUGGCCAUUCUCUUCGGCCUUUUCAAAUUAUUAUGAAGGGAUCACGAAACCUCUCACCAACUCAAUAGAUCCGAUUGAUCCUUCCAAGGGCCUUAAGAUCGAUGCAAUCCUCGUUUUCAAUGACCCACGAGACUGGGCGCUUGAUAUCCAGAUCAUUAUCGAUCUUUUACUCUCACGAGACGGUAUUGUCGGGACAAUAUCGGACAAGAACAAUAGGGAUGAUCUUCCCAAUCGUGGUUAUCAGCAAGACGGCCAACCGGCCCUAUAUUUCUCCAAUCCUGACCUACUCUGGGCAGCUGGUUACCAUCAACCCCGUCUCGGCCAGGGAGGCUUUUGUGCAGCCCUUGAAGGUGUUUGGUCCGCAAUGACGGGCGGGUCUGAGUCCGGUGUGGCACUGCUGAAGACUACGAUUGGGAAACCACAUAAGUUGACUUACGAUUUUGCCGAGCAAAGGUUAAUAGAACUAAGGAAUAAGCGGUUUCAAACGGAUGUUCCAGCACCCUUAGAGACGAUCUAUAUGAUUGGUGACAAUCCAGAAUCUGAUAUCAGGGGCGCCCAUUCAUACAUCAGCUCUACUGAUGUGAAUUGGGUCCCCGUGCUGGUAAAGAGUGGAGUUUACACAGGUGGAACGCCUGCCUGGACUCCCAAGACCAUAGUUGAUGGGGUUGGAGAAGCUGUCAGUUGGUCUCUAGCUCAGUCGAAUUGGAAGAAACAUCUCUCGGAUAUAUAA